CGAACCGCGAUAACAAAGAGCGUUAUUUUAUUAUCGUGGAUACUUGAUUUUUUGAUUUAUUUGUUCUUCCAUAGGCAGCACUAGAUAUCAGCGUUGUAUUAAAAUUGUCCCUCCCUCCAUCCACCACCAUAUAAGUGCCACUUGCCACUUGCCGUUUGACGUCUUGGCGGCGACUUCGAUGCUUCAUUGUAAAUAUUUUUACCACUUAUAUAUAUAAUAUUUAUAGAUCUGUGGUUUUUAAUAGUUAUUAUUGUGUUAUUAUAAUAAUAUUGUUUGUACUCAUAACGAUUUAUUAUUAUAGUAUUGUACAUUUUUAAUAUUUUGUAUUUAUAUUGAUGUCUGAUGAUUGUUCUAUGCUGAUAACCCCGUUAACAGUUAGAAUACCAAAUAGUUAACAGCAGAGCUGAUAUUGACACCUGUUAAAGUUUUGCUUUAUAGUGGUUGUCAAUAAUUAUAUCUAACGGAUUCAUAAACCUCUUCUGACUUAUUCAACUCCAUCAACAUCACUCACAUCGACUCCUGUGGAUAGAAUUACCGACCAACAUAUGUUUACUCGUCAUUGUUUGCUAUACCACACAUAGCACCAUACAAAAGAAAGACAUAAGCAAUUACCUAUUUUGUAUUUUCGUGUGAUCAUUAUAAAUUAUAAUAAUCAUAGUUGUUAUCGUCGAGGAAAUAAACAUUUUUUUUUGUUCGAUUAGUAUAAAAGCAAUUCAUAACCGUUGGGGUUAAAUAAACACCAGGUAUACAUUGGCUACGUUCACAAUAUCACGUCUCCUUUUAAUUGUACUGGUGAUGAUUUGUUGGUAUACCUAAAACCGUGUGAAAAAUAAUUGUAUAACAUAGUUUUGGUAGUUAUGAAAAGGAUGAAUUAAAUUAUAGCUUGGUAAACAUUCUGUGUAAAAUACUACGAUAAAGCAGUAAUGAUUGCACAAGAAAUUGUUGAAAAUAAUAUGCUAUCACAAAAAUCUUCUUCAAACAAAAUUAUGUACAAAAUUGCUGCUUUGGAACUUAAACACGAAGAACGAAAAACCCUCAUAAAUCGAUGGGGUUCAGAAAAAUGUAAAUUACAUAACCUAAACAUUUUGCUCAAAGAUAAACUACUACAAGUACAAAAUAAUGCAAUAAAAUUACAAUCCAAACUUUUAAACAACAAAAAACAACUGAGUUUGUUAAAAAUUGAAAAUACUCAAUUAAAUGAACAAUUAGAUCAAAUUAAACAUAAAAAUGUUUCACUAGAAUUUCAAGUUCAAGAAAUCCCACAGUUACGACUUAAGGAACUAGAACUGGAGUCUAAAAAUGAACAAAUUAUUGAUCUCUUGCAAAAAAUUGAUUGUUUGAAAAAUGAAAAUAAGUAUCUUAGAGAGCAAAACAAUGAACCUGUUAUUGAGCUUGAAGCAACUAAAAUGUUAGGAAAUAUGGGUACUGGUAGGGCAUUUGAUAGUCACGUCAGUAAUUUUUCGAAGGAAAAGGAUAGUCCUAACUGCUCUGCCAACUGCUUUAGCAAAGUAAAAGAAUUGACUACCAAAUUGUCUGUUGAGGAAAGUGGAAGUGAUUGUGCAAAUACAUUUGAAACAUCUGAGUUUGACUUUGAUACAUGGAAUAAAGUUGAAAAUGCACAAAGAUCAGAUCACAAAUCACCUCAGACACCAUCAAUGUUUGCAAAAAAUAUAAAAACAACUCUGCCUUUUCAAUCACAAAUUGAAUCAUGUAAUUUAGAUAAAUUAAUUGACUGUAUGGAACAUUUGAAACAAAUGCCAAAAUCGGACCAUGAACAAAACGAGUCACUAGAAUCAAGAAAUUUUGUUGAAUCUCAAGAUAGUUUUAUGACUUAUUCACCUUUAAACAAAUAUUCAACUGAGAGGCCAUUGAAUAAACAAUUUGAAAAUUCAAUAGAAACAGAAUUUAUGGGUUCUACUUUGUUAGAAAUGACAAAUGGCAGCAUUGAAAAAUUGAAUCAAAUGUACAAUCAGUGUAAAUCAGAAAAUCAGGAGCUCCAAUACAAGUGUGCAAAGAUUGAAAAGUUCUGGGAAUCUAAGUACAAUGAAGUAUGUGAAAUAGCAAACAAAGCACUUAAUGAGGCUAAACGGUUGAAAGACGAAGGUAAUGACUUGAAACUUACUAUGGAUGCCUUGAGCAAUGAAUACUUUGAGUGUGAAGAAUAUUGGUUACUUAAAUUAGAAGAAGAGCGUAAACUAAAUAAAUUGGAGAAAAAAGUUAGUAAUGAAAAACUGAAUAAUCUAGAAGUCAAGAUUAAAGGCUACAUUGAUAUGUUAGAAGAGACAGCUGAUAAUAAAUUGCCUUCAAUUGACGAACAUGUUGAAUUUGAAGAACAAAUCAAUUGCAUUCAAUUAGAAUUUUCUAGUUACUGUAUGAAGAUAGAAAAAGAAAUGGAAAACCUUAAAAUUGAAAAUGAAAGAUUAAAAUCUCAAAUUGUUAUUCCAGUCGACAAAGUUGACCUCGAAGGAGCAAACAGUCAAUUCAAAGAAAAAUAUGAGAAAUGCCUAAAAAAUGAAAAAACAAAUGGUGAAUUUAAGAACAAGCAGUUUGACUUAAAAUAUAAUCAUGAAAAAUCAGGAAUGGAAUGCCAAAGUCUAAUGCAACAAAGGAACUUACUUAGAUAUGAAAUUUUCCAAUUAAAGGAAUAUCUUAAUUUUCUUUCAGUAAGCAGUCACCAUUGAUGUUGAUGUCUAUUUUAAUAAUGGGUGUACUAUGCGCCUUGGCCAACAACUGCGAGGAAGCCAUGUAUAAGAAAUUAGCGAUUGGAUUGUGUGCCUAGAACAGUAGUACCCCUCUGAUUGAAGUAGACAGCAACAAAACUUUAGGGGAAUUUAGCGGACUGUGUAAGUACGACAACAACGGCCAAGCCAGGAAAGUGAUAGGAUG